AUGGCGGCGCUGCUGGUGAAGACCCUGUUGGCGGCUGCCGCCGCCCCGCUGCGUUACCUCCGGCCCUGCGCGGCCCCGCGCCUGCCCUUCUCGUCCCUGGGCUUCGGACACGUCCUACCGACCGCGCCGGCGUUGGCCGCCAAGCAGCGCGGCCUGGUAGGUCAGCCGCUGCUUGCAAGCAGCCAGCUUCCAGGCGGCCAGACUGUCAUGGGGAUGAAAACAAAAGGUGUCAUCAAAAGGCGCUGUAAGGACUGUUUUAUUGUUCGCAGACGUGGACGAUUAUUUGUGUACUGUAAAACUCAUCCCAGACACAAGCAACGACAGGCAUAA